AUGGCUUCGUCGUUUUGGAAAGGUAUCGUCGGCGUUGGACUUUUUGCUUUAGCGCACGCAGCUUUCUCAGCGGCACAACAUCGAUCGUAUAUGCGGCUUACAGAGAAAGAAAACGAAACCCUGCCAAUCGAUAUUGUGCUUCAGACCUUACUGUCGUUCGUCAUGACCUGCUAUGGGAUUGUGCAUAUUGCAGGGGAGUUUAAAGACAUGGACGCCUCUUCAGAGCUCAAGAACAAAACAUUUGACACGCUGAGGAAUCAUCCAUCUUUUUACCUUUUCAACCACCGAGGACGAGUGCUGUUCCGCAACGCCGAGGAAGAGCCGUCUUCCCAGCAAGCGCUUCCCAACCCGUUACGGCUCCGCAAGCUGGAGCAUUUGCACUGA